UGUUUUCCUUCUCCUCUUCCUUUGUGGUGACGUCACUUCCUGCGUGGAGGUGGCGGGCGAUUUCAAAGCCGGAAGAGAGAAGGAAGCAAGGAAGGAAAACAGGCGGCGAUGGCUGGAGGAGGCCGUGGCCUGCCAAGGCGGGCUCGCUCCGCAGGAGAGGCCCGGGCAGGCAUCGUUUCCUCUCCUCCGAGGCGAAGGUCCGAGCGCACGGCGGCUGCUUCCACAGCGGCUCCGUCUUCAUCCGAAAAGAAGGCAUGUUUGCGGCCCGGCGGGGCGGAUGUCGGUUCGCCUCCUGCGCCGCUCAAGGCGAAGAAGCCCAUCAUCACUCUGAAGAAGAUUGUGCCGCAAUCGAAACGGCAGGUCAAAGAGACGGCCGUCACGCCCCGACGGAGCCCAAGGGUCCCUGUACAGGAAGAGAAGGAGAACGUCCCAGAGGCCGGGAGUCCGCCCGCCAAGGAGCCUGCCAAGGCGGACGGUGCGGAGAAGAAGAAGGUCCUCUCGCCAAUUGAGGGCAAUAAUGCCGAGGGGGCCGACGAGCGGGACGAGACCAUGGCCAAGCGGGUGCGGCGCUCCUACAGCCGCCUGGAGCUCAGCUUCAUUGGGAAGGAAGGCAGUGCCGCCGUCUCCUCCACCCCGGACGCCCGCAAGCGGCAGACCCUCUUCGGCUUCGACCGGCUCCUGAUGGCGGAUGAGGUGGAAGCGCAAGCGUCACUCGGAAGCACCGUAAACAUUGCUGGGGAACGGGCCGAAGCUGCGUUGGAACCCGACACGGACCUCCCGGGCAUUGCGGCGGAGAAGCAGAAGCGCCGGAGGAAGAAGGCGCCCCAGUUCCAGGAAUCGGAGCUGGACGAAUGGAUGGCCCAGAUGAACGCCGAGUUCGAGGAAGCGGAGAAAUUCAGUCUCUGGGUGGAAUGAAGCCUUCUGCGUUGAGAUGCUGGACGCCCAACACUUUCCCAACGAACGAGAGACUGAAUGCCUUGGACAUGGCGGUGGAUCGUUGCUGCUGCGCGACAUUCGGAGUGCCCGGAACUGCAGCUGGAGGCUUGCGUUGGUCCCCUUCGGUCCUUCCUUCCUCCCUUCCUCCCAUCCUUCUCUUUCUUUCCUCCUUCCUUUCAUUUUCCUUUCUUCAACCCAGCCCUUCUCUUCCUCCGUUCCUUCCAUCUUUCCUUUCAUCCCCUUCCUUGCCUUCAUUUUUUCCUCCUUCUUUUCCUUUCCCUUUCCCUCCCUUUCCUCCUUCCCUCCCUCUCUCCAUUCACUUCCUUCCCCCCUUCUCUUCCUUCCAUCCUUCUCUUUCUUUCCUCCUUCCCUUCCCUCCC